UUCCAGAUCAAGAACUUUUUUUCUUCUUCCUCCCCCACCCUUCAAUACCUUUGUCUCAAUUCACAACAACCCGCAAUGCCGCCGACAAGGAUAGCAGCAACGCCCAAAAAGAAGAAGGCACCUGAGGUCGUCGUCUUCGACGCCAGUGGCCUGGCUCCCAAGCCAGCAGCCAGCAAGCUUGAGUACAAAAGCUUCAUGUCGUCGAAGAUCGCCAAGCUCACCGCCUCCGCCAGCGCAGCGGCAAACCCCAAAUCCACCAAGGAGCUGAAGCAAGAGGCCGAGGACCGCGCCAACGACCGCGAGCUGAAGGCCCUGUUGGAGGGCAAAGUAAUGAUCGAGCAGCUGCACGAAUCGCAGCUGUCCGGCAAGGACCGGCUUAAAUACAACGCGCAAAAGCUGGAGCGCCUGGGCAUGAAGAAAAAGACCAAAGAGAAGAUGCCGGCCAACCGCUGGUUCAUGGUCGACGAGAACCGCAAAAUGCGCGCCAAAAAGUCCAUCGAGGAUGCGAAGAACCGCGGCAUCCUGAAUCACUCAAUGAAGCGCGAAUUGGAGGUCCUGCAUACGGGCAGGGCCUCGGAGGGGAAGCAGAGGAAGCGCGAGCGUGGUCCGAGGCUCGAUGGCGGGAGGGUCAGGGACGGCGUCUUGCAUGUUGCGCAGAGCCAGAUCGACAGAAUCAAUGGCGGUGCGGCCACCCGCAUUGCGAAGCGAAAGAGCUCCCAUGGCCGCAAAAAGCGGUGAGGAUUAUUUGGCUUCUAUUGCAUCCAAACGGGCACAUCGAUUUUAUUUUCUACACUUUUCGCCUAUUGUGAA